AUGUAUAAAAACAAACAUAAUAGUCUAUCCUUUUUAAGGGUAGUGUCUAUAGCAUCACUAUUACUAUUCACAUUGACAUUUAUUUCAAUAUCAAAUGCAACUCUACCAUCAGAUGAAUUACAAUCGAUUGAAUGGUUGAUUAAACAAUACGGACAAGGAAUACCAGUUGAUCAAACCAUCUGUAAUGGAACAUUUCUCCAAAAUAUACAAUGCUCAGAUCCCGACUCUUCAGGCACACAACAUAUUACCUAUCUGUAUUUAAAUAGGUCAUUCAAUGAUGUUGGAUCACCCGAUCCAAAUCUUUCACAAUUAGUUUUCCCAAGUUUGAUAUCAAUGCUUAUAUCAUGCUCCACUACAAAGAAUCAAUCUUUAAGUGUUCUCUCAUUACUUGAAAACCUUCCAAACUUACAAACAUUAAAGAUUGAAAAUGAUCCAUCAAUUAAAAUAGUUCCAUCAGACUUUCCAAAGAAUAUGCCAAAUCUUAGUGCAAUAGGAUUUUUAGAUACAGUGAAUUUAUAUUAUAUACCAACAUUUUUUAAUUAUUCAACUGUUGCAUUUAUACAUUUAAAGGGAGUAGAGAUACGAGAGCUAAGUAUCUCUAAUUUAACCUAUUUACCAGAAUUGAAUAGUCUACCAAAAUUUUCAAUUAGACCAGUAUCAUACUUUAGUCUCGACUUUCAAACCAAGUCUUUUCCAUCACUAAGAGUAUUGGAUUUAGAAUUCACAGGUCCCAAUAUAAUCGAUGUCAAUAUUAAUAGUACAGUAUUUGCACAAAUAUUUUUCAAUAUGACAUCGGCUCCAAUUAAUCUAUGGAUUGAUAAAUCAAACAAUAUGCAACAUAUCUAUUUGGAAGGAGCUGUCAAUUUCCAAUCCGAUAUGAAAGAUUAUCAAAAUCUAUCUAUUCUUCAACUUAUCAAUUCAUCCAUUUCAUCGUUUCCUUUUACUGCCUAUCCACCAAACCUCGAGAAUUUUUGUGUUACCGGUGCCAGUAAUUUGUUAGCUUUUCCAAAUAUCCCAAUUCCUCCAUCAAUAACUACUUUUAUAAUGACAGAUGGUCAAUUAACAGGAAGUUUACCACUAGGAGCUUUUGAAAAUGUUUCUCCACGUUUUGGAGUUAAUCUUCAAAAUAAUCCAGAUUUGGUAGUUGGUGAUGUACCAGAAUCUUGGUGUAAUUUUAGAACUGUCAAUUUAAAUGGUACUAUUGUAAAUUCUGUACCAGAUUGUUUUUAUUGCUAUUAUUUGGAUCCUGCUACUGCUAUUCCUAUACCUCCACCUAUUGGAUUUACUUGUCCAAUUGAAAUUCAAAGUCUUUAUUUAUUAUCACAUGUUGCAAGAGUUACGGUGAUUGGAAAUAACAUUGGAUGGGGGUAUCCAUCUGGUUAUCCAAUCAUUCCAAACAAAAUGAUUGAAUACACAACCCUCUAUACACCAGGUCCUAAUAGAACUGUUGACAUCUCAUUUGGAGUCAACCAAUUGUACAACUAUUCUUUCAAUGUUUUAGAAGUUGGGUUUGUAGUGGCUAAUGCUAUUGUCAAUCUCAAGAAUACUGGUGACUUUAAUGAAUUGGUCAUUCAUUUUAUAUAUUUCAAUCCCUAUCAUGUUCACACUGUCAGUAUGACUGACAACAACAUCAAUUGUACUGUCACUAGUCAAACUGCAGAUAAUAUUACUUGUCUAUUCCCACGUUCCACUCCAAUCUCUCCAUCUUUUAAAUAUGUAAUAUCUAAUCCUUAUUAUAGUCAACUUAAUAUUAAAGACUUUUAUUAUCCAACAGUAACAUCAUUUACUUAUUUUAAUGAAACCAAUUUAUUAAGAUUUUAUGGUCAAUUUGGAUUUGAUCUAUCUCCAGCAUCGAUUAAAGUAGCCGAUACUAUCAAUUGUGAUAUUCAAACCAUUCUGUCAUUUGCCAUUAUUUGUAAAUUGGCAUCUAAUCCUCCAAAUGGUCCAGCCAAUCUAUACGUCAAUGUCAACGGUUCAGAGUUUAGAUCAUCCAGUUUAUUGUAUUUCGGGUCGCCAAACAAUAACAAUGGAUCCGGUACAACUGGAGGAUCAUCAACUGGAGGUAGUGGAGAGACUGCACAACAACAAUGUCAAAGAUUAACACACAAUUGUUAUGGUCAUGGUGUUUGUGAUAUAUCUGGUAAAUGUCAAUGUAUUGAUACUUAUAAUCCAAUUGAUAAUUGUUUAACUAAAUAUAUAAAUACAACUAUAACACCAAAUGCAACCAAUCCAACUGUUAAUUUUAAUAUUGAUGGAAUUGAUUUUUAUUUUGAAAUCUAUUCAGUUCAGGAAAUGGAUUAUGAUGGUGGAGUGAUCCAAGAGUUGUCAUUGAUUGAUGAAACUUGGAAUGUUACAUUGACAACGAAUAACCAAACACAAACAACUAUGGCCAAUUAUACACUCAAUACAACUACUAUUGUCAAAGACAACAUGUAUAGUGAAGUAUCAUUCUCAUCGAUUGCUAGAAAUGUUACAUUUGGAGAACAAGUACUGUCACUUGCACCCAAUGCAAUUAAAGUUGGAUUCACUAUUUCAAAGUGGCCCUAUACAUCCAAUGUUGCCACCCUAAGAGUUGUAUUCAAAUCAAUCAUCAAUAACGAUCAAUCUGUCACAUUUGAUUGUGAGAAACAAUCAAUUGACAGUUUUACAAAGGAAGAGUUGUCAUCAUCCAUUCAAUAUCUCCGUGUUGUCCAAGACAACAUUCAAUUCAAUGGUCGGUUCAUUGAUUUUGUAUUGUCUGAUGACAGAGCAACUUAUUCAAAGACUGAAUUAAUAUCUUUGACUCCAAUUGAAGGUGAUGAUGAUUCUGACCAAUCGAUUGCAUUGAUUGGAAUCAAUUUACCUCAAUGUUCACUAUGUAAACUUGAUCCAGAUUUUACACCACUUGUCGUCGACAGGGGUAGUGAUAGUGGUCGCGACUGUGACAAGCAGUCGAAUACUUGGAGGAUCAUUGUAGGUAGCGUGGUUGGAGGUAUUGGUUUAACUGCAGCGUUGGCAGGUACUGCCAUCUAUCUCCGAAAGAGAAGAUGG